AUGAAGCAUCUUUUGUUUCUAGCUUUGGUGUCUACAGUAGUCUCUAAGAAUGUAUUCGUUUCAUCUCCAUUUGACAACUUUAGAAUUGAAUGUCCCAAGAGGGCAGCAGCAACAGAACUGUCUGUUCGAAUGGUAGAAUCAGUUGGUCAGAAGCGUCAAGAUGUGGUUUUCGAUAUGUCGUGUGAAACCGUCGAAGAUUUGUAUCCAUGGAUUAACAUUCCGGUCGGCGUGUCAGAUAUCGAACGUGAAGAUUGUCAUUAUUCCCAAAUGAUUGAUCCUAUUCUUGACGAAAACACAACAUUCACAUGUGCUCCAAGAGAAUAUCUUGCCGGAAUCACCCGACUUUCUGACACAAGAAUCCAAACAAUGUGUUGUCGGUUGAGAUCUCGUGAUGAGUUCAACUGCAAAGACUUGGUGUUCAAUAAACCAAUCGGAUUGACGAGAAGCACAGUAAUCGAGCAUGAUAACCAACUUAUCAACGCAAUCCGAAUCGAGGAAAGAAACUAUGUUGUGAGAUUCUGUGAUUUGGCACCUCGUGCGACGGCUUUAAUUAUGUCCGAUGAGAAAAUAAGAUCCACGACUGCUGAACCAACAACAGAAGAAACGCCAGUCUCUCAAGAAUUGGAAUCAAAUAUGGAUUCCGAGUCUGCACCACAACAACCAGCACAACACAAACAAGAUCCAUUGAAAGUUGUGAAGACACAAAAGGGAUCCGAGAGCGCACCAACUAAACUGAGAACUCCAAUGCAUCCACCACCAAGAAUUGAAGCCGCUCCAAUUGUUGAAUUCCAAGAGCCAGCAGUACCACUCGUAGAAAUUCCAUCCGACACAGUUGAUAUCAGUGAGGCUGAUUUGGAACCUCUCCCAACUCUCCGACCAGUUACCACCCGUAGACCAUCAACUGUGUCCCUCGCCCUUGUCACACUGCCACCAACUACUUCUACUACAGAGGAGAUUUCUGUUGAGCAAGAAAUUCCAGUCACCGAACCAAUUCCAGACGAGGAAACAACUUUCCCACAGGAAACGCCAGUUUUCAGUCAGCAGCUGGUCGAAGAUAUUGUUAAAAAGAUUGGAUCUGCUCAGUCAGAACAGAAGGCUGCACAAAUAUUCCAGCAAUCUUUGAACAAACUUUUGCAAAACGCUAACGAAAAACCAAUUGAAGCAGCAACACAAUCAGUCGGACCACCAGCCGCCAGACCGCCACAGAAUCUGGACAAUGUUAAUUUCGAGAAUGUGCAAUUCCCACAAUCAGCAGGAAAACAAAGAUUCUCCAAGGAACUUUUGCCUCUUAGAAAAUCUGUCGAUGGAGAAGAUUUCUCGAACUUGCAACCUGUGAAUUUGGAAGGCCGCCGUCGUUCUCCUAUUAGAACUCACAGACCACACGUAGAUAUCUGGGAUUCCGACGAAGAUGAGGACACCGAUAAGAUCGUUGCCGAAAUUAACGGAUCUGUUGAAAUGCAUUUUGAGACAACGCUACCACCGAAAAAGAUUGUCAAAAAGAUCAUCAAAAAAGUGAUCAGAGCUCAUAGACCACGUACUACAACAGAAGCUCCAACCACUACAGAAGAAGCCACAACAACUGAGGAAGUGACAACUACGACGGAAAGAAUAACGAGACCAAGAACUAGACCAACCACAACUACUACUGAAGAGCCAACAACCAAAAAAAUAUCCAACUCGUUCUUCAACUCAAUGGAGCAAGAUGAGAGAACGUCUCAGAAACAAUAUGCAUCCGCUACUCCAGAACCACGCCGUUUCCGCGGGAGGACAACCACUCCAUCAGCCCGUCGUGAUCUUCCGGUCACUAGACGAAUUGCUGAAACUCGAGUCAGCCAACAGGAUAACGCCAGAUACAUUGAUGAGGAGACCCAACUGUCGCCUUUUGAUGAUCCAGUAAAUGAAUUGGAAGAGUUGAAAACUACAACAAGACAACCUGCUCCAAGUCAAAGAAAGAAACCAGUCGAGGAGUCUCCAAGAAUUGAAUUCCAAGAAGAUGAAGAGUUAGAAGAUGUUAUCACCAAGCUUAGCGCUCGUCGAGGUGACAUCCGUCGUGCUCCAGUCCGCAAUAGUUUCGCUGAAGCUCAAUUCGCCGACAAAGUGUCACUUCCACAAAAGGAUGGAGUGAAGACCCACAUCCCAAGGAACGGAAUCCCAAUUGCUCUCGACAUGAUGGAACCAAUCUCAAUGACGAAUCUCGAAGGAUUUAAUUCGAAUGACAGUGAAACUUCCCAAGCGGAUAAUGACGGUCAGAAUCAAAAGCCGGAGGAGAGCAAAGACGAAAGUAGAGAGGAGGAAUCUGAAUCCGAGAUGAUUGAGAUUGACAAUCAGAUUCCUGUGACAUUCCCAACUCGUGCAACGCGUCCAACCACAACCGUUUACGAUCCAAACGCAUUUUAUCAUACCCCAAGACCUCGUCCCGCUAAGAAGGAAUCAAUUCUCCGAUUCUGUUCGAAGGAAUCCGCCAUCAGAGACCAAUCCAAUAUGGUAAUUGCAUGUGGACUUGAUCAGGAUAUUUGGACGCCAACACGUUGCCCUGAGAAUGCCGAUUGCUUCCCAUCACAUGACAGCCUCUACAGAAUUUGUUGUCCUGUACACAGAGCUGGAUAA